AGACACUAUCUGCAUGCUGUGUUAAACUGAAGAGUUCUGCUGUUAGGUACCACACUGUGCUUCUCCUUCCUCUUAAAAAAUACCGGGAUCCUAACAUUUCACAAUGUGUAAAGGACUGGCGACACUUCCUGCAACAUGCCUGAAAAGUGCCAAAGACAUCAAACACAAAUUAAGCGUUUUGCUUCAGAAACAAGCGUCGCAAGAGGCGGCUAAAAAGCAGAAAACGCAAAAGAAUGAAGCCACUGCAAAAAGGCAAAACCAAAGAGCUGUCACACAACCCCAAGGACAAGAUUGUAGACCUGCACAAGACUGGAAUGUGCUCCAAGAGGCUUGGGUGCCCGCUGCUGCUGCUGAGGUAGAAAGAUGGAAGGAAUCAUUCAUCCAUGUGGUGAACAGUGAAAAUGGUCGAGCAGUGUUUACCAGCUUCUUGAGGUCAGAGUUCAGCCAAGAGAACAUGGAAUUCUGGGUUGCUUGUGAGGACUUCAAGAACACUUCAGCAUGCAAGUUGGAGAAGAAAGCAAAGUUAAUCUACCAACAAUACGUGGCUGUGGACGCUCCAAAUGAGGUAAACCUAGAUGCGGUGACCAGAGAGGAAACGAGGCAGAAUGUUGAGAGCGGCUCUCUGUCUUGUUUUGACGUGGCUCAGAAGAGGAUCUACCUUUUGAUGGAGAAAGACUCCUACAGACGCUUCCUAAAAUCCAAACUGAUUCAGGAUUUGUCUCAAGGCCACGAUUCUGCUACACGGAAGAAACUAGAUAGGGACUGCCACAAGGAAUUAGCUGGUGGUGCCUAGACAGGAACAUUCAUGAUGCAAAAACAUGCAUUUCAUGUUCAUGGUUGAGACAGUCCAAGGGCUUGCAAGGUGACUUUUCACCUAAAAUUAAUUUACACUGAAAUACACCACAGGUUUACAGUUCAAAAUGUCCAAAAAGUAGGAAGAAGCAAAGCUUACCGAGUUACUGUAUGUUCACAUUAUCAAUUUUUUACUGAUAAAAGUAAAGGAUAAAAAUGUGUAAUAUUAAAGUUAAGAGAGAGCUUAUUCAGUAAUAAAGAAUGCAUUUAAAAAAGGUGUAAAGUUGACAGUGUCACUCCCUGUGUGGGGGCUGGUGUGAAAGUUCGUUUAUUUUUCAUUUUUAUGCUCUAGUUCUGGUUUUAUGCUCUUAUUUUCAUAUCACUUCCGGUUUUGCCCUGUUCUGUUUUCUGCAUGUUUUACUUUCGUGUUGUCACGCACCUGCUGGAAUUUGCGUUGCUAGGUAUUUAAUUCAGCUGUCGUUCUUCUUCCUUUGUCGGAGCGUUGCGUCUUAUUGUGCCUUAUGUGCAUUUGUUACUGCUCUUUGCAGCCAGAAGCCUUGUCCUGUGCUGCUUCUGAUAAAAAAAUAAACAUUUUUACGUGCACUUGGGCCCUGCGCUCUGCGUCCUGGGGUCGCCACCACAACACACAUCAAGCCAAGGCAUUACAGACAGAAACAUUCUUUGGCAAAUAAGUACAGAAUGCAUGGUAAUACUACCUUAGUUGAAUAAUAAAAGAAUGGAGAGUAAAUAGUACAUACAGGAGUAAAACAUUGUCUUACUGAAUAGAUAAACACGUUCCACAUGACAUGCAGGUUGGACUUAGGGUUUUUUUCUUUGUUCACUGAUAUUUCCUUUGUUGUGCUCUUAAUUUGGUAUAUCCAUUUCCUUUUUUUGCAUGGUUUUGAUUUCUCUUUCCCUUGUUCUGAGGUACCAGUCCCAGCUAAUCAUCGUCAGUAAUCAGCAGGCUUCUUAAGCACAGGACUAUUAUUAGGGAUGAGCGAGUGUGCCACUGUAUCUGUAUCUAUCUGUCCACCCUUCAAAACGUUCUGUAUCUGUACUUGGAGUGGGCGUGGCAUAAACCAGAAAUGAGUGGGGCUUAAAAGGAUUUCUGCUUCCGUUGGGGGAAAGUAUGCUGCUCUCGUUGCCAUGGUGAAUCUGUGAUUCUGUGAUUCUGUUAAGGACGCCGCAUAUGCGCCCUGAUCCGGGAUUGGUUUCACCUGGCUUGAUUAAUCAGUGUCUAUUCAUCCUGGCUUGGGCUUUGUGCAAACAAUUAAGCCCAGACGCUGUUAUUUUGGGUUGGUUGAGCUCAGCUCAGUUGUUUGUCCUGGAUGUCUGAAUCCUACUUUUGUGCAAUGGGCCCAGGACCUUGAAGUAGUUUUGUGUUAAGGAAAAUACCUUUGUACCAAGUGGCACAAACACCACUCAGGGUUAGGUGUGGGGUUAUGGGUUAGGGUUAGUUUUAAAGUUUAUGGGCUAGGACUAGAGUGAAUGACAGAUUUCUGAAAAGGCUAUUAUAUUUAAUAUCUUUAAAACUAAAUUCUAUCCUUAAAAAUACGAACUUUAAUAACCAUCUUGUCACAUUUCGUUCUGGUCAAGCAUUCUUGUCUUGUCUCUGAUUGUGGUUUGCUUUUAGGCCCCUCCUCCUAAAUGGUGUGAGGAGCCUCACCUGCUGGUGAUUUGCAUUUAAGCACCUUGCCUGCACACCUGGGUCUCUGGGGUACAGGUAUUGUCUUACUACUUAGACAGUAUCCUAGCCGUGCUCCUGUUGUUUCUGGCUGCAGAACUCACGGUCAUGUAUUUCUCAUUGGUAUGUUUAGUUUGUUUCCUGGUUUCCUUGUUUCCUUCUUAUUUGCUACCAAUCUUGGCUACAAGACUCCUAACACCAAUCUUAGUAUAACAUGUCUUAGUUUUGUUCACCUUUUUCCUCCGAUACUUGUUUCCCUAUGCCUUUUGAUUUGUACUUUGCCUGUACCUAAUAAAGUCACAUACACAUGACCGUACACAAGAAACGCCACUUACCAUGUAUCCAAAUGUCUAAAAAUCCACGGCCAGUGAGACUCUGCGUACUGGUAUGCAUGCUCCAGACCAUGCUUAGCCUAUA